AUAAUGGCAACAAAUGGGGGUGCUAAUAAGAAGGUUUGUGUAACUGGGGCUGGAGGGUUUGUAGCAUCAUGGCUUGUUAAGCUUCUUCUUUCCAAAGGUUAUUCUGUCCAUGGAACUGUUAGACAACUUGGUAGUAAGAAAUAUGAACACUUGCUGAAACUUGAGAGAGCUUCUGAGAACCUUACACUUUUCGAAGCAGAUAUCUUGAAUUAUGAAUCUGUUUACAAGGCAAUUGUCGGAUGCAGUGCCGUUUUCCAUGUUGCUAGCCCUGUACCUUCAACAGUUGUACCAAAUCCUGAGGUGGAAGUGAUUGAGCCUGCAGUGAAGGGAACUGCUAAUGUACUUGAAGCUUGUCUCAAAGCUAAAGUGGAACGCGUUGUCUUUCUAUCAUCUGCAGCUGCUGUUGCUAUCAAUCCUAAUUUCCCCAAAGAGAAAGUGAUCGAUGAAUCUUGUUGGUCUGAUAAAGACUACUGCAAAAAUACUAAGAACUGGUAUUAUUAUUCCAAGACAGAAGCAGAAGAGCAGGCCCUGAAUUUCGCGAAAAGAACUGGACUUAAUGUUGUAAGCAUUUGUCCUCCCCUUGUUUUGGGGCCAAUUUUACAGUCAACCACUAAUUUAAGUAGCUUGGUUCUCAUCAAACUUUUAAAAGGCUGUGAUUCAUUGAAGUAUCAACAUCGUUGGAUAGUUGACGUGCGAGAUGUAGUUGAUGCAAUACUUUUGGCUUAUGAGAAUCACAAGGCAGAAGGGAGAUACAUAUGUUUUUCACACACUGUCGCAAAUCGAGAUUUGUUGGAGAAAUUGAAGAGUCUAUUUCCAAACUACAAGUACCCUACAAACUAUACUGAGGUGGAUGAUUAUAGAAUGCUGACUCUGAGCUCACAGAAACUGCAAAAUUUGGGUUGGAAAUUCAGGCCUUUGGAGGAAACACUCAUUGAUUCUGUUAAGAGCUAUAAGGAAGCUGGACUACUUUAA